AUGACAGCAAACGAGACUGAGGUGUAUGCUGAAAAUGUGUUUCUCUGCUUUCCGCUUCGCCUGGACUCCUGCCUCAGUGCACAACGCCUCACUGCAGUGAAAGCGGCUAUGUACAUUUUAAUGCUUCUCAUUAUUUUCCUGACAGUUUUCGGCAACCUGCUAGUCGUCGUCUCCAUCUCGUACUUUAAACAUCUCCAGUCUCCAACUCAUCUGAUCGUUCAGUCUCUGGCAGCAUGCGACUGUCUCCUGGGAUCGUUAGUCAUGCCUUAUAGUAUGGUGCGAUCUAUUGAAGGGUGCUGGUAUUUAGGAGACACUAUUUGUAAGGUGCAUUCUAGCUUAGAUAUGACUUUAUCAAUAUCUUCCAAAAUGCAUCUGAGUUUAAUAUCCAUGGACAGGUACUGGGCCAUCUGUGACCCUUUAAUGUACAAAACAAGAGUCACAAAUUAUAGCAUAACUGUGUUUAUUAUGUGUGCAUGGCUGUUUGCUUUUGUGUAUAGCUUUUCCAUUGUGUUUUCAGAGGUGAAUCUGAUAGGUCUUGAACUGCUCGUCUUACAAAUGUCCUGUUUGGGAAGUUGUGUACUUUUAUUUAACAAACCCUUGGCUCUUGUUUGCUCAGUUCUGACAUUUUUCCUCCCCGGUGCUAUUAUGAGCUCUCUGUAUGUCAAGAUCUUUCACGUUGCGAGCAAACACGCAAAGGUUUUAUCAGAAAGAGUCUCUGUGUUGGAAAUUAAGACCCAGACGUAUGCGCAGAGAGAAAGGAAAGCAGCCAAAAUAGUGGCCAUUGUCGUAGGUGCUUUUUUGCUGUGCUGGCUGCCUUUUUUUGUCGCCACUGCUCUCGAUCCCUUUCUCAAUUUCUGGACUCCGGCUGAUGUCUUUGAUGCUUUGGUUUGGUUCGGAUAUUUUAAUUCCACCUGUAACCCCUUGAUAUAUGGCUUUUUUUAUCCACGCUUUCAGAAGGCAUUUAAAAUCCUGAUUUUAAGACAUGUUGCCCCCACAAAUUCAGCAUCUUUAGUCAUUCAGAUGUUUUUAAAAGCUACAGGGAUGAAAGGCUUCUGA